UCAGGAUUUGUGAACUCCUUAAUGGCUUAACUCUAACACGGAGAGCUUUAUUCAUCAUAACAGAGUGUCAUGGAGAAAAAUGAAGGAGAUAUAAUCCCAGAAGGGAAACAAGAAAAAAAGGAAAAAAGUGAAAAUAAGGAAAGAAAGGGUAAAGAGGAAAAGAGGGGGAAGAAGGAGAAAGAAGAGAAGAAUAAGUUAAGAAUUCUCUGUUUACAUGGAUACCAACAGUCUGGACCCGUCUUUAGAACAAAGAUUGGAAGUGUGAGGAAGUUUUGCUCUAAACUAGCAGAAUUCAUCUUUAUAACUGCUCCACAUAAGAUAGCAGAUGAAGAAUAUGGUUGGUGGUUCAGUCAACCAGACGGGGUGGAGGAAUCUCAAGAUACUCACAGGAAGGCUGAGCUAGAGGAAACAUUGAAAUUGAUUUCUGAAACCUUUAGAUCAUGUUCUCCGAUCCAUGGGAUCCUUGCAUUCUCUCAGGGUGCUGCUUUAGGUGGAAUCUUAUGUGCACUUCAAGAACAGGGAAAACUGGAUUUUUCCUUCAAGUUCUCUAUACUAGUAGCAGGAUAUAUAUCCAGGAGCCAGCCCAGUAAUAGAGAAAUAUUCGAUAUUCUAGCCAGCAAACAGGUUAAUAUUUACUAUUAUAAUCAGCAAACAGGUUAUUAUUCAAUAUAUUACUCAGCAACCAGGUUAUUAGUCUAGUCAGCACAUAGGUUAUUAUUCAAUAUAUUACUCAGCACUUAGGUUAUUGUUUAAUAUUCUAGUCAGCACCCAGGUUAUUAUUGAAUAUAUUACUCAGCACCCAGGUUAUUAUUCAAUAUUCUAGCUAGCAGCCAGGAUAAUAUUCAAUUUUCUAUCUAUUAACCAGGUUAAUAAUCAAUAUUCUAGUCAGCAACCAGGUUAUUAUUUAAUAUUCUAGUCAGCAACCAGGUAAAUAUUUAAUAUUUUAGCCGGCAACCAGAUUAUUAUUCAAUAUUCUAGUCAGCAACCAGGUUAAUAUCUGAGACAGCAACCAGGUUAAUAUUCAAUAUUCUAGUCAGCAACCAGAUUAUUAUUCAAUAUUCUAGUCAGCAACCAGGUUAAUAUUCAAUAUUCUAGUCAGCAACCAGAUUACUAUCUGAGACAGCAACCAGUUUAAUAUUCAAUAUUCUAGCCAUAUUCAGUAUUCUAGGAUACCCUGUAUUAUUGUAUUCUAGGAUACCCUGCAUUAUUGUAUUCUAGGAUACCCUGUAUUAUUGUAUUCUAGGAUACCCUGUAGUAUUAUAUUCUAGGAUACCUUGUAGUAUUGUAUUCUAGGAUACCCUGUAUUAUUGUAUUCAGGAUACCCUGUAUUAUUGUAUUCUAAGAUACCUUGUAGU